AUAUGACCUCCCCAGUGCAGGGCAGUGGCUAGUGUGAGAGAAAUCAUUAGCAAUGCAAAGUCAUGGUGCUCUGAUACUCUUGUUCACAGUCAUAGACUGGAAAAAAAAUCUGCUAAUGUCGACGUAAAUUUUCCUGGAUGUACUUGAUUCAAAGCUCCAGCUGAAGACCCGGAACCGAAGAUGAACUGGGCAUCAUUUUAUGCUGUCAUCAGCGGUGUGAACAGACACUCCACUGGCAUCGGUCGUAUCUGGCUCUCUGUCCUGUUCAUAUUCCGCAUCCUGGUCCUAGUGGUCGCAGCCGAGAGCGUGUGGGGCGACGAGAAGUCCGGCUUCACCUGCAACACCCAGCAACCGGGCUGCAACAGCGUCUGCUAUGACCACUUCUUCCCCAUCUCCCACAUCCGCCUCUGGGCGCUACAGCUCAUCCUCGUCUCCACUCCCGCCCUGCUCGUAGCCAUGCACGUGGCCCACCGCCGCCACGUUGACAAGAGGCUCUACAAACUGUCAGGGAAGACCAAUCCCAAAGACCUGGAGCAGAUAAAGACCCAGAAGAUGAAAAUCACAGGGGCCCUGUGGUGGACGUACGUCAUCAGCCUCUUGUUCCGCGUUAUCUUUGAAGUCAUCUUCAUGUAUUUGUUUUAUAUGAUCUACCCUGGUUACAAGAUGAUCAGGCUGGUGAAGUGUGACUCGUACCCCUGUCCCAACACGGUGGACUGCUUUGUGUCGAGGCCCACAGAGAAGACUGUCUUCACUGUGUUCAUGCUGGCCGUGUCCGGGGUUUGUAUUCUGCUCAACAUUGCAGAGGUGAUCUUCUUGGUGGGGAAGGCCUGCAGCAAGCAUUUGCACAAUGCUGGAGACUCGGCUAUGGGUGCUUGGAUCCAACAAAAGCUUUGCUUAUACUAACACACAUACAUUAAAACAGAUAGGGAUAUAAGUGACCAUUCAGGUAACAAUACUGAUUUCUUGUGGAAAAGGCUCAUUAAGCAUAUUCAUCACAAUAUGAUGCUGAGGGUUUACUCUGUGGUUUAUAAUCAGAGAGACAAGAAGCAUCCAGAACCGGUGUGGGAAACACAUUCUAUUCAGAAACCAUUUUUACACCUGCGUUUUUAAGUUUCAGAAUCUGAUCACUGACAUCAUCUCAGUAUUUGAAGGACAGCACUUUGUACUGACAUCAUUUAAUGGUUUGAGGUUUGGCUGACUAAAGAUGAAUUAAGCAACAUUUCAUGAAGCAACUUUCCAGCUGACCACGUUGUAGCGUUCUGCUGUCGAGGAUUUGUUUCCGCUUUUGAUCUUGAAAAUAUUAAAUUAUGAAAGGUGAUUUCUGCCUCAUGCUAUUUUAAAUCAUCAGACUGUAUCAGAAGAGUGUGUCACCGUGGUGAAACCUAAUAAAUAAUAUCCCAUCAUCUAUGUCAAAUAUAAUCACACACUCUGUGUCUUUAAGACUAGCUUGAAUUGAAUCUAAUGGACUGGAGGAUUGGUUCCUUUUCUACAGCUGUUACUGGUGAGACGUUGCACUAAUACAUGUAAACAGAGUUUGCUUUAUGCACAUUCUACAACAACCCAAACUUGAACUUUUUCUCUGAAGUUUACUAAACUAAUCAUUACCAUUUAAAUGUGUUGAUUUUGAAGCUGGAUGUUUAUAUCUUGUCUGUAUACUACAAUUAAAAUCAACAAGAAUUUGU